GCGCUAUCACUUGUUAGCCCAUUACCAGAAAGCUUCAGCUCCUCUUCUCUCUUGAAUCAAAAACAGCACAAACACGCGUUUUUGAAUCAUCAUGAUUCCACACCCAAAGUCCAACACUUUUUUAUUGUUGUUCUUCUUCUUUUAUUUUUCUUUAUACAUCAAUCAUUCUCCUUGUCUCUCUGCCGGCUCUUCUUCAAUUCUUGUGCUUGUUUCUUUUUCCAACUCCCUUCUUUUAUAAAUUAUAACCCCCCCUUAGUUCAAUCUUCUUGUUUGCCGCCUCUGUUCUGUGUCUUGAUCUGUGCAUUCUUUAUACUUUUAUCACUCUUUUUUUUAUUCAUAAUUUAUGGUUCUGCUGUGGGGGUUAUGUUUAAACAACUACUACUCCACACACUCACAUUCAGAUGCAGCACGAACUGACUAGCUGUAAAGUCUCCCUCUUUGCCCACCUACGCAAUUUUCUCUGUUGGAACUCUGUUUUUGUGUUCUUUUUGUUCGGCAUCUAGCUUCUUUUAGAGAAAAUUUAUUGAAUUUUAAAUCUUUAUGUGCACGUCUUAACUUUUUUAAGUGGGGCUGAGAGGGAGAGGAGUGUUGUUUAACUAACGUUAAAAGGCACUCUAAUAGCGCCUAAUUGAAGCUGGGUUCUUUGGUCCCAAAAAAGGGUCCAUCUUCUAUCUUCGAGUUAUGGCCCCUGCAGGCAAGGUUUCUGAGUUCUAUAGAGAAGGAAAUAACUGGUACUGCCGUACAGGAUUGCCAAGUGAUAUAAUUGUUACCGUGGAAGACAUGAAUUUCCAUCUCCAUAAGUUUCCACUUAUAUCCAAAUGUGGAAAAAUUGCUCGAAUUUGUGAGGAAUCUCAAAGUACCCAUAGAAAGACCUUGGUCACUGAGCUCAAAGAAUUCCCUGGAGGCCCUGGCUCUUUCUUAAUUGCUGCUAAGUUCUGCUAUGGUAUUAGGGUUGAAAUGUCACCAAGAAACGUAGUAAUGGUGUACUGUGCAGCACAAUACCUGAAAAUGACAGAUGAGUAUAGUGAAGGUAACUUAGUUUCUAAGUCAGAGAGCUUCUUUCAUAAGAAUGUUCUACGAAGAUGGAAAGAUUGUAUAUUGGCCCUUCAAAGUUCUGAACCUGUGCUGCCAUGGGCUGAAAAGCACCAAAUUUUGAGCAAAUGUCUGAAUGCUCUGUCUAUGAUGGCUUGUACGGACCCCAGUUUGUUUGGUUGGCCUAUGAUGAUGUAUGGUAGAUUACAAAGCCCUGGUGGAAGCAUUCUGUGGAAUGGUAUAAACACUGGGGCAAGAAUUCGAAGCAGAGAGUCUGACUGGUGGUUUGAGGACAUCUCAUAUCUUAGUGUGAGUUUGUUUGAAAGACUUAUACAGACCAUGCAAGCAAGAGGUAUGCGACCUGAAAAUCUAGCAGGAGCCAUUAUGUACUAUGCUCGAAAGUACCUGCCAGGUCUGGGCAGAUGGCAGGGUGGACAAUCUGGCAACACUAGAACAGUCACAAGUUUUAGCCUGAUACCUACUUCCGUUAAUCAAGGAAUUCAAAAGGUUUUAUUGGAGAGCAUUGAAAAGCUUCUUCCUGAUAAGAAGGGGAAAUCCUUUUGCCGUUUCUUACUUGGACUUCUUCGCGUGGGACUGAUAUUGGGUGUCAAUGAAACAUGCACAAACUCUUUAGAGAGGAGAAUAGGGGUGCAACUGGAACUUGCCACCCUAGAUACUCUUCUGAUUCCUAGUUAUUCAGAUUCUGAUACUUUGUACAAUACUGACUGUGUUGAACGGAUUGUCCAUCAUUUUAUAUCCUCAGAAUCAACAGUAACAUCAUUUUCGCCAACAUCAAUGGAUCUAGAAACAUCUCCUUCAUUGACACCUUUAAGAAAAGUUGCAAAAUUGAUUGAUAACUAUGUUGCAGAGGUUGCUUCUGAUGUUAAUUUGAAACCAAGAAAGAUACGCUCUCUAGCAGUUGCCCUUCCAGAAUCUUCAAGACCUUUGCAUGAUGGGCUGUACAGAGCGCUGGAUGUAUACUUCAAGGCACACCCUUGGCUUUCGGAGAAAGAUAAGGAAGAACUUUGCAACAUCAUUGACUACCGGAAGCUCUCCAUUGAUGCAUGUACCCAUGCUUCCCAAAAUGAGAGGUUGCCACUUAGAAUUGUUCUUCAAGUCCUGUUCUUUGAGCAGAUACAGUUGAGAACUGCUCUUGCUGGUUGUCUACAUGUCUUGGACACAGAAAAUGCUCCAGCAGGACCAUUAACUGUCCCUACUGAUAUGGCAGGUCAGAUUGUGCAGAGGGAUGGGUGGGUGACAGUUGUUCGUGAGAACCAGGUUCUGAAGGUGGAUAUGGAAAGGAUGAGAUCAAGAGUCGUAGAACUUGAACAAGAAUUUUGUAAAAUAAGGUCAGAGAUGAAAAGGGUCACCAAAUCACAUAGUUCACUUAGUUCCCCUGGAAUGGUUGCUAAGAAAUUUAGGUGCAGACUUCUUCCACGACCGUCAAAUGCUCAACCAGAUACCAUUGAAAGCACAGGACAUACUCCUAGAGCAUCAGUUGAACGGUCACAACCCUCCCGUCAUUCUAGGCACUGGAAAAGUUUCUCCUUGUUUUGAGAGUGAACACAAGCAAACAUAAUUCAUUUUUGGAAAAAGUCUUUGGUGGGACAGACAUAAUUAUUUUACAUACGUCCUUCCAAUAUGAUCAUGCUCUAUAUACAUUUACCUUUUUUUCAUAUACUUGAACAUCCCAUUGUUUGUUGUUUAUAAAAAAAAGGUAUAUGUAGCAGGAUUUAUUGAACGGACAGUAUCGAUGACCCAAUAUAUCUGUCCCAUCCAAGACUUUCUCCAGUUUCUGACAUUGAAGUGGACAUUGGCUGAAUGGCAGUUAUAAGUAAUGAGAAAAGAGUAUUGCAGUUACUUCCUAUGCUGGCUGAACUCGAGAAUAUUCUAUUUUUUGCAUGUUUUCUGCCAAUGCUCUUGCAUGUGUGUGCUUCUUGUAAAGACUGGAGCUAUGGUAUGAGUACAUACAUCAUUUUACAACUACAGGAGAGUAUAUAAUCAAUUGCUUUUCAUGUUUUCCCUUGUGUUAUUUAUUUGAGGGGCUUAUACAUGUACAGUACAGUUCUGUGAAUCACAUUGUAAGCUUGUAAAACAUUGGGAAGAAAUCACAGGUUUCUUAUUAUAUUUCUUGAA